AUGCAUAGUAAUAGUUUCAUCAGCAAUUUCAUCAAAAUCCUCUUGAUUGCGUCUGUCUUCUAUACGUUUCGAACGAACAAUAUCUCAGUGGUGACAGAAUUUCUUCUUACGGGUUUUGAUGGACCAUGGAAGCUUCAGGACUUUCAAGGUGGGAUUUUCAUAGUAAUUUACCUGGCAGCCCUGAUGGGGAAUGGCCUCAUUAUUAUCAUAACCUCUGUGGACCCAUUCUUCCACAAACCCAUGUACUUCUUCUUAAGGAAUCUCUCUCUCUUUGAUCUUUGCUUAAUUUCUGCUGUUGUGCCCAAAAUAAUUAUUAACUGCUUGACCCACAACAACUCCAUCUCUUUCCUUGGUUGUGCUGCCCAGGUCCUUCUGGUGGCCUUUUCAGCAAUGACAGAGCUGUUCCUCUUAACUGUAAUGUCUGCUGAUCGCUAUAUUGCAAUCUGCCAUCCUCUGCAUUAUGAAGCCAUCAUGAACAGGGCUACGUGUGUACAGAUGGCAUCUCUAUCUUGGCUCAGCAGUGGUAUGAUGUCUGUAAUACACACAGCAGGUACUUUUUCUUUGUUUUACUGUGGACCCAAUGAAAUUAAACUAUUCUUUUGUGAUACUCCUCAGUAGUUAGCUAUUUCUUGCUCAAAGCAUGUAACUGCAGAGAUUGUGUUUAUUCUCAUUAAUAUAGUUCUAGAUUUCUGCUGUCUUACUUGCAUUAUUAUCUCCUACACUUACAUUUUCUCUACUGUCAAGAAGAUCCCAUCCAUAGAAGGACAGUCAAAAGCAUAUUCCACCUGCAUGCCACACCUAGCAGUGGUUGUAUUGUUCCUUUCAAGUGGCUUUGGUGCUUAUCUAAAACCUAUUCUAGGGUCUGCAUCCUUCAUAGAUAAAAUUCUGUCUUCUUUCUAUAUUAUGUUACCUCCUACCCUUAAUCCCAUCAUAUAUGGGCUGAGAAACAAGGCCAUAAAAGUUGGUUUACAGAAGUUGAUUACUGCCAAGCUCUUUGAAAGGGAGAACCUUAUUUUUCUUCAAGAAGAGAGCUAUUCCUCCUCUUCUCCUUGCUAUUAG